UAAAAAGAGUGGCAUAUGAUUUUCUAAAACCAAAUCCACCCAAAAAGACAAACAAAAUCCAAACUAUCACCACAACCACAACCACAACCACAACCACAACUACUUCCACCGUCGUCUCCGGCACCGAUGUUCACGGAUGAGUCAGCAUGCAACACUUACAACUACGGAGACUCUGUUUAUUGGGACGCUCGAUACAUUCACGAAGCUUCUGCUGGUUCCUUCGAUUGGUACCAGCGUUACCAUGCCCUACGCCCCUUCCUUCGUAAAUACGUUCCCACCUCCUCUCGAAUCCUCAUGGUUGGUUGCGGUAAUGCUGUUAUGUCAGAGGACAUGGUAAAAGAUGGGUAUGAAGACAUCAUGAAUGUCGACAUUUCAUGUGUCGCUAUUGAAAUGAUGAGACGCAAAUAUGAGCAUGUUCCUCAGUUGAAAUACUUGCAGAUGGAUGUUCGGGAUAUGGGCUUUUUUCUUGACGAUUCAUUUGAUAGUGUAAUUGAUAAAGGAACUCUUGACUCAUUGAUGUGUGGAACUGAUGCUCCCAUUAGUGCGUCUCAAAUGCUCGGGGAAGUGAGCAGGCUUCUUAAACCUGGAGGGACCUAUAUGCUGAUUACAUAUGGUGAUCCAACGGUGAGGAUGCCUCAUAUAAACCGCCCAGUUUACAAUUGGAAAAUAGACUUGUACAUCAUACCAUUCAGAUUAAUCAAUCAAGACACUACUCGGAAAGGACAAAUUGCCGGAGUUGAUGUUGCUACAGAAGUUUUUGAGGCUAAUAGGUCAUAUCCCGUUCGCAAAUAGCAUUAGAGCUUUUAGGUAAACAUCACUGGAGGGGCGGCAGUUCACCGCCGCCGCCCUACCACCACCGCACAACUACUGCGCACGGCUUCUUCUUCCUCCUCUGUACCCCUGCCUUUCACCACCACUAAACACCACCUAUUCCAGCCGCUGCACCACAAAACCCUAGCCGCUGAACCUAUAACAAGCACCAAAACUGUUCCAAACCACAACCCAAAGGCCAAAACCUAGCCGCCGCCACACCUACAACCACCACCCUAAACCCUAGCCGCCGCAUCUACAACAACAAACAACAAUUACACAACCACAACUUUGACCUCCCCAGGGUUGAAAAAACAACCUGCUACAAAACCCUAAACACCAUUGCCGCCACCAUACAACGGUGGCUGUUUCUUCUGGCGAUGUAGGAGAAGAACGGCGAGGGGAAAUAAAAACCCCAUGGAAAGGCGAGGGGAAAUAAAACCACAUGGAAAGGCGAGGGGAAACAAAACCCCAUGGAAGUGUUGUCGUUUGAAGAAGGGGAACAAACCCUAGUGUCGCCGGAUAAGGGUAACAAACCCCAGUCAGUGUAUCCCGGCGAAAGAAUUAGAAGAGCAACAAACCCGAGUGGAAAACGAAAAAAAAAACUAGUGACGCUUAGUGUUGCUGAUGAAAGAACAAGAAUCUUACGGCACGGCGCAGGUCAAACAAUUUAUACUCUGGUGAUGAAAGGAGGCCGUGGUGAAACAAGGCGGCAGUUAGCUGAUGGAGAAGAAUGAAGACCAACUAUCUUUCUUUUUUAUGUUUUUAGUUUUCAAACAAAGUCGCUCCCACGCUUAGUUUGCGGGGGAGUAUUAGACAAAGCAUUAUAGUAUAGGGACUAGAUGUGUAAUAUGGUGUUCUAUACAAACACCCACCUCAUGUAACCCUAAUCACACAAAUACAACCUAAUACAAUUCUGAUUACAAAGUUUAUCUCG